GCAGAGGCCUAGCUUACAGCGCUACGUGCGCUAAAACAAAGGUUGUAUUUUAGGGCGUUCAUGGGUUCGGGUACUGUACUAUUAUUAGCGCUUCGUGCCGUGUCUGUUUGCGGCGUGCCGGCAAAUAGGUUGUGAGGUCAUCGAAUAUCAUACAGACGAGAUCACGACUCAUGAAUACUGGUAUGAAUAUGUGCUACGCGCGCAGAUGAUGAUGAGUAUAUCUAAUAGGUAAUGGUUGAUUAUCUCCCUUUGUUUUGUAUACUACGUACAUAGGUAAGAUGACAAUAUUAUCAACUACAAUUUCGACUUAUUAUCAUCCAUCUCAACAGCUUGGAAUUAUAUGUCAAGUUAGACUUCCGUCCAAUAGCAUCAAACUAUAGUCACUCCAUACAAUACCCAGUUAAAACAAAUACAUCGGCAGGAUGACGGAAACCCUACGAGAGAAGGCGACGAAGCAAAUCAAGGGUCCUAACGCGAAUCCGAGCCAGCUUGGCGAUCCCAUAAGUCGCAAGGCGGAACAGAGCGAGAACGUUCCCACCGACGAGGAAAGGGGCGCUUCUAAGACUUCGGAGUCAUCCUUUGGAGGUCCCACGAAAAUUAGCAAUAAGAACGGUAAAAGCAACGGCGACGAGAGUCUACGAGAGAAGGCGGUCAAGAAGCUUCACGGACCUCAGGCCAACCCAACUCAGCUAGGCGAUCCUAUCAGUCUCAAGGCCGAGACAACCGACGACAAUCCCACAGAUAGAGAAGACGGCGCUCAUAGUAAGAGAAACUCAAAGCUAUGAUGGUUUUGUGAGGUCUGUUAGAACAGGCACCCGUCUAUCCGUCCAUCUGAUAUUGAAGAUGUCGGGCUGAGCAGAUGCCGCUCUCCGGUCCCUCGAUGGCCGAUACCGAGUAUACAACUAGGAUGUACCUAUCGCAUAAGUAGUCAAACCUCAACGACCCUUAGGUACUCUUAUAUGAGAAUCAGUCAAAUAGAAUAUCAACUAUAGCAACGCGGUAGUCUAUUAAGUCCGUGAUCAACGUUGAAAAUUUAGAUUAUUCAGAACCAAGCAGUGAUUAUGUAAUCGUGCCCG